GAGUGAGGGGCGGCUAGUGCCAACCAACCCGCCAAACACCAGCUGAUGGGCGGUGGUUUGCUUCAGUGACAGGUUAAGUUGAGCGGUGAAGGACUUCCUUGUUGCCCUGAAAGGUGGAGACAGGAUGAACGUUGGCGUCGCUCACAGUGAGGUUAAUCCCAACACUCGGAUAAUGAACAGCCGGGGAAUCUGGCUAGCCUACCUCAUUGUAGUUGGAAUUCUCCAUGUGGUACUGCUGAGUAUUCCGUUCUUCAGCAUUCCGGUGGUGUGGACGCUCACUCACGUCAUCCACAACUCGGCCAUGUAUUGGUUUCUGCACACGGUUAAAGGGACACCAUUUGAGACGCCAGACCAAGGGAAGGCACGGUUAUUGACACACUGGGAGCAAAUGGAUUAUGGGAUCCAGUUUACGUCGUCACGCAAGUUUCUCACCAUCACACCAAUAAUUCUGUACAUUCUAGCAAGUUUCUACACUAAAUAUAACGUUGUUCAUUUCCUGGUGAACACUACAUCUCUGCUCACUGCUCUCAUUCCCAAGCUCCCUCAGUUGCAUGGGGUCCGUCUUUUUGGCAUCAACAAGUAUUGAUCGGGUAGUUGGGAGCUGAGUGAAUGCUGCCAGUGGCUCCAGCUGGCCUCAAAAGGGAGCUAGUAUGAGUGAUGGGCACAAUGUACUGAGACAAUGAACUGAGAAGCAACUGCUGGCCCCACCUAUCAAUUAGCAACUACAGAUUAAGUACUCCUUAUCCGAAACACUUGGAGCUGGGAGUGUUUUGGAUUUCUUUGGAUUUUGGAAUAUAUAAUGAGAUAGCUUGGGAUCGCCAUCAUUUCCAACUCUGAAUUUAUGUGCGACCGGUAAGCUGUCUUUGUCUUACACUUGUUUAUCACACAUAUGUACUUAACAGUAGAAAUUAUUACAUACCAUUAAUAUAAUGAAAAUAUAACAUGUGCAGGGUAACAAAAGCAGCACAGCAGCGUCGGCAGAAUACCUAAAUCAGCUGUUGUUCAACAACAUUGGCAGGCUUUCAGUGUCCACCUACCAUGUCGUGUUUUGAUUAAAAGAUUACAGUACACUUUAAUGCUGUUAUGUACAGUGUAAAAACAAUCAGCAUUGUAGACGAUUUCUGGUGUUAUAUUUUCGUGAUCAGCAAUUUAAAAAUUUAAUGCCAUGCCUUUUCUUAAAUUUCUGUAACCAGCCUGCAGAAUAUUCACAAUUUUCCUUCAAUUACCUUCAAUUUUCAGUUCGUCAUGACGGAUCUUUGCUUGUUUCAUGAUCGGCGUACUAUUAAGCAGCAUGUGUUCACUCCAAAGAUGACUAUACAUGAUUGAGAGCUUUUUUCACUUUAUGCUGUGUUUUUCUAUUUUUCAUUAACUUCUAUUCAUUCAUAUGUGAGGUCACUUCUCAGAACUGUUCAUGGUGCGUAGAGAUCUGCACAUCACCUGGGAACCUUCUCAGCACCUUGUGGAAUUUUCCAUUUGUGAGGUCAUGACAUCGCUCAAAAAUUUUUCGAAUUUCAGAGGCUUUCAGAUUUUGGAAUUUCGGAUAAGGGGUAUUCAACUUGUACUUAAACAUAGAAAACGUAGAAAAUAGGUGCAGGAGUAGGCCCUUCGGCCCUUCGAGCCUGCACCGCCAUUUAUUAUGAUCAUGGCUGAUCAUCCAACUCAGAACCCUGCACCAGCCUUCCCUCCAUACCCUCUGAUCUCCGUAGCCACAAGGGCCAUAUCUAACUCCCUCUUAAAUAUAGCCAAUGAACUGGCCUCAACUGUUUCCUGUGGCAGAGAAUUCCACAGAUUCACCACUCUCUGUGUGAAGAAGUUUUUCCUAAUCUCAGUCCUAAAAGGCUUCGCCUUUAUCCUCAAACUGUGACCCCUCGUUCUGGACUUCCCCAACAUCGGGAACAAUCUUCCUGCAUCAAGCCUGUCCAAUCCCUUUAGGUUUUUAUACGUUUCAAUCAGAUCCCCCCUCAAUCUUCUAAAUUCCAACCAGUACAAGCCUAGUUCAUCCAGUCUUUCUUCAUAUGAAAGUCCUGCCAUCCCAGGAAUCAAUCUGGUGAACCUUCUUUAUAUUCCCUCUAUGGCAAGGAUGUCUUUCCUCAGAUUAGGGGACCAAAACUGCACACAAUACUCCAGGUGUGGUCUCACCAAGGCCUUGUACAACUGCAGUAGUACCUCCCUGCUCCUGUACUCGAAUCUUCUUGCUAUAAAUGCCAGCGUACCAUUCACCGCCUGCUGUACCUGCAUGCCCACUUUCAAUGACUGGUGUAUAAUGACACCCAGGUCUCGUUGCACCUCCCCUUUUCUUAAUCGGCCACCAUUCAGAUAAUAAUCUGUUUUCCUAUUUUUGCCACCAAAGUGGAUAACUUCACAUUUAUCCACAUUAAAUUGCAUCUGCCAUGAAUUUGCCCACUCACCCAACCUAUCCAAGUCACCCCGCAUCCUCUUAGCAUCCUCCUCACUGCUAACACUGCCACCCAGCUUCGUGUCAUCUGCAAACUUGGAGAUGCUGCAUUUAAUUCCCUCAUCCAAGUCAUUAAUAUAUAUUGUAAACAACUGGGGUCCCAGCACUGAGCCUUGCGGUACCCCACUAGUCACUGCCUGCCAUUCUGAAAAGGUCCCGUUUAUUCCCACUCUUUGCUUCCUGUCUGCUAACCAAUUCUCUAUUCACAUCAAUACCUUACCCCCAAUACCGUGUGCUUUAAGUUUGCACACUAAUCUCCUGUGUGGGACCUUGUCAAAAGCCUUUUGAAAAUCCAAAUAUACCACAUCCACUGGUUCUCCCCUAUCCACUCUACUAGUUACAUCCUCAAAAAAUUCUAUGAGAUUCGUCAGACAUGAUUUUCCUUUCACAAAUCCAUACUGACUUUGUCCGAUGAUUUCACCGCUUUCCAAAUGUGCUGUUAUCACAUCUUUGAUAACUGACUCCAGCAGUUUCCCCACCACCGACGUUAGGCUAACCGGUCUAUAAUUCCCCGGUUUCUCUCUCCCUCCUUUUUUAAAAAGUGGGGUCACAUUAGCCACCCUCCAAUCCUCAGGAACUAGUCCAGAAUCUAACGAGUUUUGAAAAAUUAUCACUAAUGCAUCCACUAUUCCUUGGGCUACUUCCUUAAGCACUCUGGGAUGCAGACCAUCUGGCCCUGGGGAUUUAUCUGCCUUUAAUCCCUUCAAUUUACCUAACACCACUUCCCUACUAACAUGUAUUUCGCUCAGUUCCUCCAUCUCACUGGACCCUCUGUCCCCUACUAUUUCCAGAAGAUUAUUUAUGUCCUCCUUAAUGAAGACAGAACCAAAGUAAUUAUUCAAUUGGUCUGCCAUGUCCUUGCUCCCCAUAAUCAAUUCACCUGUUUGUCUGUAGGGGACCUACAUUUGUCUUUACCAGUCUUUUCCUUUUUACAUAUCUAUAAAAGCUUUUACAGUCAGUUUUUAUGUUCCCUGCCAGUUUUCUCUCAUAAUCUUUUUUCCCCUUCCUAAUUAAGCCCUUUGUCCUCCUCUGCUGAACUCUGAAUUUCUCCCAGUCCUCAGGUGAGCCACUUUUUCUGGCUAAUUUGUAUGCUUCUUCUUUGGAAUUGAUACUAUCCCUAAUUUCUCAUCAGCCACGGCUGCACUACCUUCCUUGAUUUAUUCUUUUGCCAAACUGGGAUGAACAAUUGUUGUAGUUCAUCCAUGCAAUCUUUAAAUACUUGCCAUUGCAUAUCCACCGUCAAUCCUUUAAGUGUCAUUUGCCACUUACUUGCCCAAGUGGCAGACAUUGUAUGUAGAAAUUGUUCUCUUGUGGAUAAGCUGCUUCUGUAUAAUUUUAUAUUUCUUUUUUCUCCUUUUUGCGUCAAUUGUACACAUAUAAAAAUUUACAUUCACCGAGGGUGUGGUGUGUUUGUACACACAAGAACAUGAAAAUGCAUACAUGUGGUAUUCUUCAAGUCUGUCUACCCAUCUGAGAAUCUCCAGAGGCAAAAAAAAAGACCUGUGCAGUAUAUUUUAUAACAUCUCUUCAUUGUUCCUACACCAUUCUAGAAAGCAUUUGCUGUAAUUCCUCUUGUAACAACAGAGCAAUUGCUUGACCCUUGUCUGAUUAUGGUCCAGUGAGCUAUAGUAAUACAGACACCCAGUAACGAGACACUGACAUUUCACGACCACUUGUGAGGCGAUGAUACCCUUGCUCUUAUACAGGAUAAUAAAUGGGUUGUACUAAUAUAGUCAAGAUUCAAAGCAUUAAUCCUGGUACUGGUUAUAGUACGACCACUCUUCCUGCAAGCCACUUCUCAAAUGCUACCACCUAACAUAUUUUACUCAGUUACACACAUAUAGUGACAAGCAUAAUCACAGACAUUAAAACUAUUAAUCCGUGGAAUAAGUAAAUUUCUUGUCCAACUAUCGAAGAGCUGAUUAACUAAGACUAAAACUCUCUAAAAUAUUGGAGUAUUAUGUUCAGUUCUGGUUGUCUCAGAAGGAUUGCAAGCUUUAGGCUAUAUACAACAGGAUCAUAAGACAUAAGAGCAGAAUUAGGCCAUUCUGCCCAUUGAGUUUGUUGUUAUUCCAUCAUGGCUGAUUUAUUAUCCCUCUCCUGCCUUCCCCCCAUAACCUUUGAUGCUCUUACUUAAGUAUACACUCUGCUUUAAGUAUACACAGUGACAGCUGUCUGUGGCAAUGAGUUUCACAGAUUCACUGUCCUCUGGCUAAAGAAAUUCCUCAUCACUGUUCCAAAUGGAUGCUCCUCUAGUCUGAGGCUGUGUGUCUGGUCCUAGAUUCCCUCACUAUAGGAAAUAUCCUCUCCUCAUGAUCCCCACUCAUUCUUUUAAACUCUAGUGAGUAAAGGCCCAGAGCCAUCAAAUGCUCCUCGUACAUUAACCCUUUCCUUUGCAGAAUCAUUCUUGUGAUCAUGCAGAAUCAAUUUUGUGAUUCUUGAACGAUCACUACUAAUGCCUUCACAAUCUCUUCAGCUACCUCUUUCAGAACCCUGAGUCCAUCUGACUUAUCUAUCUUCAAAUCUUUCAGCUUCCCAAGCACCUUCUUCUUAAUAGCAACUUCUGCCCCACCCCCCACACUCUUGAAUUUUGGGAUACUAUUGGUGUCUUCCACAAUAAAGUCUGACGCAAAAUACUUAUUCAGUUCAUCUGCCAUCACUUUGUCCCCCAUUACUAUCUCUCCAGCAUCAUUUUCCAGUUGUCCAAUAUCCACUCUUGCUCUCUUUUACUCUUUAUGUAUCUGAAAAUCUCUCUUUAGAGAGGGUGCAGAAAUUUACCAGGAUGCUGCCUUGCUUAGAGUGCUUGUCUUAUGAGGAAAGGUUGAACAAGCUAGGGCUUUUCUGUGCAGCGGAGGAUGAGAGGUGUACAAGAUGAUAAAAGGCAAAGAUAGAGUGGACAGCCAGCACAUUUUUCCCAGUGUGAAAGGGUUAAUGUUUUUUUUAACAGGGAGAGUGGUAGGUACAUGGAACACAAUACCAUGGGUGGUGGUAGAGGCAGAAACAUUAGGGACAUUUAAGAGGUUAGCCUCCAUUUUUCUUUAACCCAUGUGCCUGUCUAUGUGGGAGGGUAGUGUUAGAAUGAUCUUGGAGCAAGUUAAAAGGUUGGUCCAACAUUGUGGGCCAUAGGACCCAUACUGUCCUGUUCGAUGUUUCUAACCCACAGCAUAAGUUAUUACUGGACUCCAAAUAGUGUCACACUGGUACAUUCUUGACUCUGUUUCUAAAGUUAAAUAGCUUUAGAAAUAGGGAGGGAGGCAAAAGAGGUGGGGGCACGGCACUGUUGAUCAGAGAUAGUGUCAUAGCUGCAGAAAAGGAGUUAGACAUGCAGGGGUUGUCUACGGAGUCUGUGUGUGUGGAAGUUAGAAACAGGAAGGGGUCAAUAACUCUACUGAGUGUUUUUUUUAAUAGACCACCCAAUAGUAACAGGGAUAUCGAGGAGCAGAUAGGGAGACAGAUUCUGCAAAGCUGUAAUAAUAACAGGGUUGUUGUGGUGGUAAUUUUAAUUUCCCAAAUAUCAAUUGGCAUCUCCCUAGAGUGAGGGGUUUAGAUGGGGUGGAGUUUGUUAGGUGUGUUCAGGAAGGAUUCUUGACACAAUAUGUAGAUAAGCCUACAAGAGGAGAGGCUGUACUUGACCUGGUAUUGGGAAAUGAACCUAGUCAGGUGUCAGAUCUCUCGGUGGGAGAGCAUUUUGGAGAUAGUGAUCACAAUUCUAUCUCUUUUACCAUAGCAUUGGAGAGAGAUAGGAACAGACAAGUUAGGAAAGCAUUUAACUGGAGUAAGGGGAAAUAUGAGGCUAUCAGACAGGAACUUGGAAGCAUAAAUUGAGAGCAGAUGUUCUCAGAAACGUACGGAAGAAAUAUGGCAAAUGUUCAGGGGAUAUUUGCGUGGAGUUCUGCACAGGUACGUUCCAAUGAGACAGGGAAAGGAUGGUAGGGUACAGGAACCGUGGUGCACAAAGGCUGUCAUAAAUCUGGUCAAGAAAAGAAGAGCUUACAAAAGGUUCAAAAAACUAGGUGAUGAUAGAGAUCUGGAAGAUUAUAAGGCUAGCAGGAAAGAGUUUAAGAAUGAAAUUAGGAGAGCCAGAAGGGGCCAUGAGAAGACCUUGGUGGACAGGAUUAAGGAAAAAUCCCCAGGGCAUUCUACAAGUAUCUGAAGGGCAAGAGGAUAGAUGUGAGAGAAUAGGAGCAAUCAAGUGUGUAUAGAACCAGAGGAGAUAGCAGAGGUACUUAAUGAAUACUUUGCUUCAGUAUUCACUACAAUAAAGGAUCUUGGCAAUUGUAGGGAUGACUUACAGCGGACUGACAAGCUUUAGCAUAUAGACAUUAAGAAAGAGGAUGUGCUGGAGCUUUUGGAAAGUAUCAAGUUGGAUAAGUCACAGGACUGGAUGAGAUGUACCCCAGGCUACCGUGGGAGGCAAGGCAGCAGAUUGCUGAGCCUCUGGCAAUGAUUUUUGCAUCAUCAAUGGGGACGGCAGAGGUUCUGGAGGAUUGGAGGAUUGCAGGUGUUGUUCCCUUAUUCAAGAAAAGGAGUGGAGAUAGCCCAGGAAAUUAUAGACCAGUGAGUCUUACUUCAGUGGUUGGUAAGUAGUUAAUGGAGAAAAUCCUGAGAGGCAGGAUUUAUGAACAUUUGGAGAGUCAUAAUAUGAUUAGGAAUAGUCAGCAUAGCUCUGUCAAAGGCAUGGCCUUACAAGCUUGAUUGAAUUUUUUGAGGAUGUGACUAAACACAUUGAUAAAGGUAGAGCAGUAGAUGUUGUGUAUAUGGAUUUCAGCAAAGUAUUUGAUAUGGUAUCCCAUGCAAGGCUUAUUGAGAAAGUAAGUAGGCAUGGGAUCCAAGAGGACAUUGCUUUGUGGAUCCAGAACUCGCUUGCCUACAGAAGGCAAAGAGUAGUUGUGGACAGGUCAUAUUCUGCAUGGAGGUCGGUGACCAGUGGUGUGCCUCAGGGAUCUGUUCUGGGACCCCUUCUCUUCGUGAUUUUUAUAAAUGACCUGGUUGAGGAAGUGGAGGGAUGGGAUGGGUUAGUAAGUUUGCUGAUGAUACAAAGGUUGGAGGUGUUGUGGAUAGUGUGGAGGGCUGUCAGAGGUUACAGUGAGACAUUGAUAGGAUGCAAAACUGGGCUGAGAAGUGGCAGAUGGAGUUCAACCCAGAUAAGUGUGAGGUGGUUCAUUUUGAUAGGUCAAAUAUGAUGGCAGAAUAUAGUAUUAAUGGUAAGACUCUUGGCGGUGUGGAGGAUCAGAGGGAUCUUGGGGUCCGAGUCCAUAGGACACUCAAAAGCUGCUGUGCAGGUUGACUCUGUAGUUAAGAAAACAUACGGUACAUUGGCCUUCAUCAAUUGUGGGAUUGAGUUUAGGGAGAGAGAGGUAAUGUUGCAGCUAUAUAGGACCCUGGUCAGACUCCACUUGGAGUACUGUGCUCAGUUCUGGUUGCCUCACUACAGGAAGGAUGUGGAAACCAUAGAAAGGGUGCAGAGGAGAUUUACAAGGUUGUUGCCUGGAUUGGGGAGCAUGCCUUAUGAAAACAGGUUGAGCGAACUUGGCCUUUUCUCCUUGGAGCGACGGAGGAUGAGAGGUGACCUGAUAGAGGUGUAUAAGAUGAUGAGGGGCAUUGAUCGUGUGGAUGGUCAGAGGCUUCUUCCCAGGGCUGAAGUGGCUAGCACGACAGCUAAGGUGCUUGGAAGUAGGUACAGAGGGGAUGUCAGGGGUAAGUUUUUUUUAAAAACGCAGAGAGUUGUGAGUGCAUGGAAUGGGCUGCCAGCGACCGUGGUGGAGGCGGAUACGAUAGGGUCUUUUAAGAGACUCCUGGAUAGGUACAUGGAG